AUGGGACCUAAGAAAACAUCAGGAAGGCUGGGCAUGGACCCGUACUCGAAAUUACUUCAUCGAUUCUAUGAACCUUUGAUUCUAUCGAGAGUCCUCGGCCAGACGCGAGGGACACAUACUUCAGCUCCUCAUGAUGACGAGAGUCAAGCCAGACGUAGAAGGCUGCUCCGCAACCUUUCUUACCUUUGCGACUAUGAUAAGGGUGGUGAUAUGACUUCAUCUAUUGCUCUUGAGGAUAACGCCCAAUGCUACGUCUUCUGGGUUGCUUCGAAUACAGUUCGCGCGGGCAACAAAAUUAUAGGAUUCCUACGAUCGUCCCUAGAAAAAAUACAUCACAUCAUCGAAAAGGAGGAAAGGAGUCUCCUCGAAGCUGAAUUCGUCCGCAGAUGUAUAGCUUUUGCUGAACCGAGGGUGAAGAAGGAAGCCAAGUUACUAUCCAAGGCGAUCAAAGAGUGCAAGAAAUCUAUCAACAAGGAAAGUUCUGUACCAGAUUCCCAAUUAGCCAAAUGGCUACAACAAUUCAUUCCGGACAAAGGGAAGCUUAUGGAAGAUGUUUGCUUCCAAGCCUAUGAUCAACGAAAGGCGCCGGAGUUGCGUUCGCUGGAGAGCGAUACUUACUCCGGCAAUGGAGAUAUCAAUAUCGGCAAAUAUGCGCCUCCUUUCGCAGAAGUACGCCAUCGUUUGGGGCGAUUGGCGCAUCAUGUGCGAGCGCCAAAGGAAGUUAUCGAGGAUUCGCUUGAAUUGGGUCACCUAUUCAACGAAUAUAAGAUUUGUUUGGUUAAUCCACCACCGAGUAACCCACGACCCCAGGCCGACUCUCUUACCGAGCUUCACAGUAUCCUCAAACGGAUGUUACCGGCCAACGACCCGAAAUUGGAAGAAUAUAUAGAGGCUCUAGUGUCUCUGGAUCAUAAGUUUCAAAUCACAAACCGAAUCCGCGGAGAAUAUAACAAGAAACACUUCCAGCCGCGCGUCCACGCCGAGGUUCAAAUUCUAGAACAUUUCUGUACGAACCAACUCCGUUACGUCGAUGAUGACCGCUACAUCGGAUGCAGCAAGCCGGCAUGUUAUUGCUGCCAUCUCUACUUCCGGCACCACGAAUCUAGGCCCGUGGAACCGGAAUCGCAUCAGAAGAUAUACCUGAAUUGGGGGGUGCCGGUGUUGCCCGAGGGAUCUAAAAGUCCGGGCUACAAUACGCAGCGAGAUCUGAUGAAUAAGAUGUUGGAAACGAUCAGGAAAGAUGCCCUGGCGCAGAUCAUACGGAAAGCAGGGCCGCUUACAUGGCACCCCGAUUCGCUGACGGGGAUUACUAUUUCAACCAUGGCACUUCCCGCGGAGAAAGUAUAUGAAGAGAACCCUCUCGAAAGGCAGUUGACAAGUUCGAGUUAUGACUCAACCGUGCCGGAAGUCAUUCCUGUUACAACAGAUACACAAUCAUGUAUUGCCGAAGAAUCGAGUAGCUCCUCUCUCUCGAACGAUAAUUCGUCGACCUGCGAGACUCGAGGUGAAGCCGUGAGUGAAUUUGACUCCGAUUCGGACUCUGGUGGCGGGGUCUCUUUAUAG